AUGGUAGAGUUUGCCAUCAACAACUCGGUGCAUGCGUCCACGACACAUACACCGUUUUACGUGAAUGGAUUGCGCCAUCCGCGUGUACCCACCUUACUAGAGUGUAACUCUGGUUUAAAAGAGGGAGGGACUCGUGCGAGCAAAGACCGAAUUGGUUCACGCUCAUCACGCUCUGACGAAGAGGUCAUUGCGUUUGAUGCCGAUAUCGAUAACAUCGAUAUCGAAGAAGAUGAUGCCAGUGAGAGUGCGGAAGCCCUCACUGAAAAAAGGUUGAUGUUGCUGCAGUGCGCUCACAGCGCACUGAAGCUAACGAGUCAUCAGAUGAAUUCAUACUGGCUCGUGAAACGGUAG